AUGUUCGACCUUGAUACAUUGUUUCCCAUGCCGUAUCAACAUAUGAUGCUCAUUCGUUUUCUUCUCCACAGAUCUUCAGAACCUUCAUCGGACCCUCUGCCGUAUGUGAUCGAUUCUCUUGGUGACAAGGUCUCGGCCAGGAAGAUUGCGAUCGCUGCUGGAGUCCCUGUUGUUCCUGGCACUGAGGGUGCGGUUGAGAAGUUCGAGGAUGUCAAGAAGUUCACAGACCAGUAUGGCUUCCCCGUCAUCAUCAAGGCGGCCUAUGGCGGCGGUGGUCGUGGCAUGCGUGUCGUGCGCGACGAAGCCACACUCCAGGAGUCCUUUGAGAGAGCCUCUUCCGAGGCGAAGAGCGCAUUUGGCAACGGCACCGUGUUCGUUGAGAGAUUCCUCGACAAGCCCAAGCACAUCGAAGUCCAGCUCCUCGGUGACAACUACGGCAACCUGGUUCACCUCUACGAGCGUGACUGCUCUGUCCAGCGGAGGCAUCAGAAAGUUGUUGAAAUUGCUCCGGCAAAGGACCUCCCCGCCGACGUGCGGGAUAACAUGCUCAGGGACGCGGUCAAACUUGGCCGCUCUGUCGGACUGCCACGUCAGGAUAUAGCUAACAUCUGCGGGAUCGACAUCGUUGCGGCACAGAUUCAGAUUGCGGCCGGAGCAACGCUAGAGCAACUUGGACUCACUCAGGAUCGUAUCUCGACCCGUGGUUUUGCCAUCCAGACCCGGAUUACGACGCACGUAAUCCCCGUACAUCCUUUCAUAGCCACCAGGGAGCUAACAAUGUUAAACAGUGAGGACCCAGCCAAGAAUUUCCAGCCUGACACUGGCAAGAUCGAAGUUUACCGUUCUGCGGGUGGAAAUGGUAUUAGACUAGACGGUGGCAAUGGUUUCGCCGGUGCUGUCAUCACUCGUUUUGGGCCGGUAUCCGUCAUUCUCCAUAACGACAACGGGGUUAAUACCCCAGCGGCGAGGGCCGACACCCCCCGGAACUCGGUGGCUGGGUUUGACAACAACUCCACAAGUAAACCUUCGGAGCCAAGGUCAACUGGGCAAUCACAACGAACCUCCUCAACACUUGAAGGUCCCCGUUACUUGCUGGUAGCACGGCAGAGGCUGGCAAUGCAUUCCUCGGAGAAUGUCUUCGAUAAUAUCUUUGACAAUUCCGAGGAUAAUAUCAAGAAAAAAAAGAUGUCUUCGACAAGGCUGAGGAUAAUGUCUUCGAUGCUCCGCGCCCUGAUCGAAUUCAGAAUUCGCGGCGUGAAAACGAAUUUGCCCUUCAUCACGUCACUAUUGACGCAUCCCGUUUUUAUUGAGUCUAAAUGUUGGACAACAUUCAUCGAUUCAACUCCAGAGCUUUUCGAUCUCGUUGGAAGCCAGAACCGCGCACAGAAGCUCCUUGCCUACCUGGGUGACGUUGCGGUAAACGGAAGCAGCAUCAAGGGCCAGAUUGGCGAGCCCAAGUUCAAGGGCGACAUUAUCAUCCCCGAGCUCUUUGACGAGUCCGGGCACAAGAUCGACACCACGCUGCCAUCCACGAAGGGCUGGCGUCAGAUCAUUCUCGAGCAGGGCCCCAAGGCCUUCGCCAAGGCCAUUCGCAACUACAAGGGCUGCCUGCUGAUGGACACCACCUGGCGCGACGCCCAUCAGUCGCUGCUUGCGACCCGAGUUAGGACUGUCGACCUGCUGAACAUCGCCAAGGAGACGAGCCAUGCACUUCACAACCUCUACAGUUUGGAAUGCUGGGGCGGCGCUACCUUCGAUGUUGCCAUGCGCUUCCUCUACGAGGACCCCUGGGACCGUCUCCGCAAGAUGCGGAAGCUGAUUCCCAACAUCCCUUUCCAGAUGUUGCUGCGUGGCGCCAAUGGCGUUGCCUACGCCUCACUUCCUGACAACGCCAUUGACCACUUCGUUGAUCAGGCCAAGAAGAACGGCGUUGACAUUUUCCGCGUUUUUGAUGCCCUGAAUGACAUCAACCAGCUCGAAGUCGGCAUCAAGGCCGUGCAAAAGGCUGGCGGUGUUUGCGAGGGCACGGUCUGCUACAGCGGCGACAUGCUGAACCCCACGAAGAAGUACAACCUUGCGUAUUACCUGGACCUUGUCGACAAGCUUGUUGCCCUUGACAUCGAUGUCUUGGGUAUCAAGGACAUGGCCGGUGUCCUCAAGCCACAUGCCGCUACUCUUCUCAUUGGUUCCAUCCGGGAGAAGUACCCUGACUUGCCUAUUCACGUUCACACCCACGACUCGGCCGGUACCGGUGUUACCUCUAUGGUUGCUUGUGCUAUGGCUGGCGCCGACGCUGUCGAUGCUGCCACUGACAGUUUGUCUGGCAUGACUUCGCAGCCUAGCAUCAACGCCAUUCUUGCUUCUCUUGAUGGCACUGGCAAGGACCCUGGUCUCAACCCCCAACACGUCCGGGCUCUGGACACCUACUGGUCCCAGCUCCGUCUUCUCUACUCGCCUUUUGAGGCUCAUCUUGCGGGUCCCGACCCCGAGGUGUACGAGCACGAGAUUCCGGGUGGUCAGCUGACCAACAUGAUGUUCCAGGCUUCUCAGCUUGGCCUCGGCUCCCAGUGGCUUGAGACUAAGAAGGCCUACGAACAUGCAAAUGAUCUUCUCGGCGACAUUGUCAAGGUCACUCCCACCUCCAAGGUCGUUGGCGACCUGGCACAGUUCAUGGUCUCCAACAAGCUUUCACCUGAAGACGUCAAGGCCCGUGCUGCCGAGCUCGACUUCCCCGGCUCCGUUCUUGAGUUCUUCGAGGGCAUGAUGGGCCAGCCUUACGGGGGGUUCCCGGAGCCGCUCCGCACCAACGCCCUCCGCGGUCGCCGCAAGCUGGACCAGCGCCCUGGCCUCUUUCUCGACCCCAUUGACUUCGGAAAUGUCAAGAAGGAGCUCGGCCGCAAAUUUGGCGGCAGCGUUACCGAGUGUGAUAUUGCCAGUUACAUCAUGUACCCGAAGGUCUUUGAAGAUUACAAGAAUUUCGUGGUGAAGUACGGCGAUCUAUCGGUGCUGCCGACCAAGUACUUCCUCUCGAAGCCCGAGAUCGGCGAGGAGUUCCACGUCGAGCUCGAGAAGGGCAAAGUGCUCAUUCUGAAGUUGCUCGCUGUUGGGCCGCUCUCCGAGAAUACAGGCCAGCGCGAGGUGUUCUACGAGAUGAACGGCGAGGUCCGCCAGGUCUCUGUCGACGACAAGAUGGCGGCCGUCGAAAACGUUAGCCGUCCCAAGGCUGACCCUACCGACACGAGCCAAGUCGGUGCGCCCAUGGCUGGCGUGCUGGUCGAGCUGCGCGUGCAUGACGGCACUGAGGUCAAGAAGGGCGACCCGCUUGCUGUUCUGAGCGCCAUGAAGAUGGAAAUGGUCAUUUCCGCCCCUCACAACGGUGUCGUCUCCCAGCUCGCAGUGCGCGAAGGUGACUCUGUUGACGGUUCAGACCUUGUCUGCCGCAUCGUCAAAGCCGACGCCAAAUGA